AUGAUCAAAGUUGAAGAGAUAGUGAAAGAAGAAGACUUAAAGUAUGAGAGUGCUCUCAUUGAAAACGAAAAGGACGUACAAGUGUGGGAGUCAUAUUUUGAAUCCAAGCUAAACGAUACCCUUCCACUGAAACUUUCCCUCAUCUCAAGAGCAGUCAAGGCAGUACCUGAAUCGGAAGAAUUAUGGAUCGCCUUUUUGAACUUAGUGGAUACAAACUACGAACUAAUGUUGACGGAGGAUGUGAAGAAAGUAAUUGAUCAAUGCCUCACCACGCAGUCGAAAUCGUUACUUAUAUGGCUCAAAAUUUUUGACAUUUUAAUUGAACAUGCCCUUGACCAAGUGACAUAUAUACGACACAAGUUUAACAAGUGUUUACAAGAUUUACCAUCUACGGAGCAUAAUAAAAUCUGGGUAUUGUUUAUCAAGUUUGGUGAUAUCGUUGGUGGACCAACUGGCGUGGAUAUUUACUCACGGCUAAUGAAGUUUGUCAGCCCAAAAGUCUUGCAAGGUGAUCAAGCCGCAACCCCUGUUGAGCUAAAUUUGACCAUUUUGGACUUUAUUGAUAAAUUCGUCGAGUUUGGUGACAAUGACGGUGUUUUGAAGUUGUAUGGACAGAUUGUUCUGUCUAAUGAGUACUCGAGCUUGCCCAAAUCGCAAGUACAGAUCCUAUUUGAAUACUUGGACUUGCUUGUAGAGAAUGCAGUGAAGGAGAAGGAAUUUGAACUGGAAGUGAACAAAGCGAUACAAAAGUACCCCGAUCAAACAUCGAAUCUUCGAUUGAAACUAGUGUCGUUUUACAAGUCCAAGAAGAAUAAUCAAGUUGAUAGGAUAAGAGGAAUAUAUCAGGCAGCAUUAAAAGAUUGCAAAAGUUUGAACGAGUUUGAAAAAGUGUACAAUGAGUUUACGCUAUUCGAAGAGCGUGAAAUUCAAACAUACCUUGACUCCAAUAGCAAUCCAAACACCAACAUUCUCUCACGAAAAUUAUCCGAAUAUGAAAAACUCCUAACCGACAGACGAUUGUUGAUAAACGACUUGCAACUCCGUCUCGAUAUAAACAAUGUUGAUUAUUGGUUCAGUCGAUUCGAAAUAUAUCAAGCUCAACUAAACAUCCUCAUUCAAACCAUUGCCAACGCCAUCAAGUCAAUCAACCCAUUGAAAAUUCCCGGCACAAGUCAGCAUAAACUAUACGAAAUAUGGAUCAAAUAUGCCCAAAUAUACGCUUCUUCCUCAGAUUUCAAAACCGCCGACUUUAUAUAUGGCAAGUCAGUCCAGUCACAAUACCCGCACCCUAAUGAGCUAGCUGAACUAUAUAUCAGCUGGAGUGAAAUGAGACUUGGAAGCGAUUACUUUAAAGAGCUGGAUGCCAUAGAGAUGCUUGAAGAUGUGUUGUAUCGUGAGACUGGAAAUAAUGAUGAUGAAAUCGACUACGUGGACUCGUCAAUACCGGUUCAAAAACGGAUCCGAAAACUGAUUAAACUAUGGCAAUUCUAUCUUGAUUUGGUCGAAUCAUUUAUUGAAUCAGCAGAUGAUGUGAUCUACGUUGGCAAACUUUGUGAUGCUUAUGACAUGUUGAUCAAAUUGAAAAUCGCCACUCCUAAAAAUUUAUUAAAUUAUGCGGCGUUUUUGGAAACUUGGGGAUACAUUGAAAAAUCGCUAAGCAUAUAUGAACGAUGUUUGUACAUUUUCAAAGACGAGGCUAUAGUGUUGGAAAUUUGGAAGGUGUAUAUAACCAAGUUGAAGUAUAUUGAGCAUAAAGAGAGAAGAAAGGAUAUUGAAGAGAGAUACAAAGAGGUAAUGCAACGCAGAGGUAAAUAA